AUUUCACUCAUCGCCUCUCUCUCUCAUCGCAAAUCUCUUCCUCUCAAAAUCUCUCAACAAACAUGUCGACGAAGAAGAUCGUGUUGAAAAGCUCCGACGGCGAGUCCUUCGAGGUCGACGAGGCCGUGGCUCUCGAGUCUCAGACCAUAGCCCACAUGGUCGAAGACGACUGCGUCGACAACGGAAUCCCUCUCCCCAACGUCACCAGCAAGAUCCUCGCGAAGGUGAUUGAGUACUGCAGGAAACACGUGGAAGCUGCUGCUUCCAAGACCGAGGCCGUCGACGGUGGCGCUUCCUCCGACGAGGAUCUCAAGGCUUGGGACGCUGAGUUCAUGAAGAUCGAUCAAGCUACCCUCUUUGAACUCAUCUUGGCAGCUAACUACUUGAACAUUAAGAACCUUCUUGACUUGACAUGUCAGACGGUGGCUGAUAUGAUCAAGGGGAAGACUCCUGAGGAGAUUCGCACGACGUUCAACAUCAAGAACGAUUUUACAGCUGAGGAGGAAGAGGAGGUGCGUAGGGAGAACCAAUGGGCUUUUGAAUGAUCAAUAUAAGCCUUUGUUAUUGAAGCAAAAAUUAUGUUAUUGUCUUAUUUUCGUCUGUGGAUGAUGAUGACUUGGUUUCUUUUUAUGUUCGGUCUGAAAUCCAUGACUAUGUUCGUCCUCUUUAAUUAAUAUUAAGAACCUAUGCUUGCUUUUUAAUCGGUCUUAAAUGGUGUUGUUGGUUUUGCUUGCUUAAAUCUUUUGGCUUGUUCCUCUGCUUCGUCCUUGACACAAACGUGGAAACCAUGUUUAUUGAUCUCUCUGUUUCUUCUCAAUGCAAA